CAGUUGAGAGUGGGUUUCACAAAAGACAGAAAGUUCAAUCUCCACAGUGGAAAGAGGAUUUUCUCAGAGAGAGAGGGUUUUACAAGAGAGAGUUCAUCAAUCUCCACAGUGGAAAGAGAGUUUUCAAAGAGAGAGAGAGAGAGAGAGUUGAAGAUGGCGCUGUGGAUGGAGGAGCACUCCCAACCCAUGACGGAGGCAGAACGAGCAGACCUCGACGCCAUUAUUGCUCUGAAGGAGGCCGCUGCCCUCGAACUCAAGGAAAAAGGUAACGAGUAUGUUAAAAUGGGCAAAAAGCAUUAUCCAGAUGCUAUUGAUAGCUACACCAGGGCAAUAAAUCAGAAGAUCUUAGGUGAAUCUGAGAGCUCAAUACUUUUUGCAAAUCGGGCACAUGUAAAUCUGCUUCUGGGGAACUUUAGACGUGCACUCAUGGAUGCUGAAGAGGCGGUCAAGCUAUGCCCAGCAAAUGUCAAGGCAUAUUACCGAGCUGCCAAAGCCACAUUUUCUUUAGAUUUGUUGGCGGAAGCAUUGUUGUUCUGUCAAAGAGGACUGGAACAGUUCCCAACAAAUGAAGAACUAAAGAAGUUGGCAAAACAAAUCGAAUCAAGGCAGAAUGAAAAUGAAAAGCGUAAGGCUCAAGUUUCAGAGGCCCUGGCUUCAGCUAAGGAUUUGGUUUCCGCUAUGGAGAGUAGGCAUCUGAAGAUGGGGAAAGCUAUGUAUCAAGUACUCACUGGAAUGAAAAAGGCAACAUUAGACAAGAGCAAUAUUCUUCAUUGGCCUGUUCUUCUUCUUUAUGCGGAGGUUAUGUCCAGCGAUCUCAUUGAGGACUUCUGUGAGACGGAUAUGCUCUCAGCUCAUCUUGACAUUUUAUUUUCAGAAAGUUGCUCCCGGUUGCCAUGGGACAAAGAGCGGGCCUAUAUACGUGGAGCUGUUGAGUUGUUCUAUGAGGCAGGUAAUGGGAUUCUCUUGUCAAAGAGGGAAGUUCUUCAUAAUCUCUUGGAGGGAACUCCUGGUGCUGUUGCUGACAUUGUUGAUGAUCAGAAGGAAGAUGAAGAUCACCACUCUUGCAACACCAAAUCUUCUGGAAAAUGGAUAAAGGUGAAUGAGAAGAAAACACUUCAUGAUGUCAUACAACAGCCUGACUAUGUGAUCCCUGGGAUUCCAGUGUUUUAUGUUGUUUCAAAGCGGUCAGCAUUCUAUAGAGAUUUCACAGCUGGAAAGUGGAUCCCUCCAUGAUGGCAGAUUCAGCUCAGAAGAUUGCAUUUGGAGUUGGUUGAAGAUUCACACAUGGUUUUGAGGUGCGUACUAGAAAGAGCAUGGGGGUUCCAUGCUUUUUUUAUUCAUGUGUGAAGCUCCGUAAGUGUUGUUUAAAAUAUCUCUGAAUCAGUGGGCAUAUCUGCACCAUAAUGUGCAUGGCGGCAACCAGGUGUAGUCUGAAUUUGGCUUCAACGAAUUCCAUUUUAUAGAAUGAAUUCAAGCAUUAUCUUGAAUAGAAUAUCGAGACACGCGUGUACGUGCAUGCAUGCUUAUUUGUGUUUUCGGGAGAGAGUGAAGUACAAAAACUCUGAUAGCCUAAGUAUUUUUAUGACGUAGUAAGUUUCUGUGUAAA